AGUGCUACAGAGAGUGUCUGUAGCAGGCCACUCCUUUUUCUCUGUGUGUCUCAAAAACUCCUCUCUCACGUCGUCUCCUCUCUUACACCGUCAUGGCUUUCGCAGGGAAAUACGAGCUGGAGAGUCAAGACAACUAUGAGGAGUUUCUGGAAGCAAUUGGGCUCCUCAACGCCAAGACAGACCACAAAGUGGUAACGGAGGUGGUUCAGGAUGGGAACAACUUCACCUGGACACAAACUAUUCCCAACUGGUCCUGGUCCAAUAAGUUCACCGUUGGUCAGGAUUGUGAGCUGACAACGAUGAAGGGGGCCAAAUUCAAUGCUCCUGUCACUAUGGAAGGCGGCAAGAUUUCAGUACCGUUUCCUCAGUACAACUUCACAGCAGAGAUCAUUGAGGAUAAGCUGGUGAUGAUCUGCAGAACUCCAGGAGAGAAGGGUGUGACUUUUAAAAGAGUUAGCAAGAGGAUCUGAAGCUUCGAAACUCAACAUGCAGCAACAAGUGGGAACGAUGCUGCACGUGGGAGGUAAUGAAAGUGCUUCCUCCAGUUACUGAGGCAAGAGGAAUACAGUAACCAUCUGUAGUGAGGGGCAAGUGGAACAUCUCUUGGCUUCACCGGACUGUAUUUUGUGGUUUUACUUUCCGAUCUAACUAAAGGGAAGGGGUAAAACUAUAUGUGCUGCAUUUUUACAAUGAUGAAAUAACUCACCUGUACCAGUAUCCAUGUUUGAUCUGAUAUAAAUCACUGAAAUAUAGCAUGUUUUGCCACCAAUAA